UGUAGUGAGCUUUUGUUACUGGUCGGUGGUAGUGAGUAGCCACAGAUUAGUAGGGAUGCUACGUGUCGAACUUUUUUAUUAUUUUUAUGUAGGAUUUUCUGAAUUUCGUUUUUGUAUUUCAUUUCUAUGAUCAUGGACAACAUCGCUGACGAUCAAGAGAACUUGAGAGAUUUCCUCGAAGAAGCAGAGCUUCAGCAGUAUUAUGAAUUAUUUAGGGAUAUACUAAAAGUUAGUAAAUUGUCACAGUUAAAGUUUGUUGCAAUUGAAGACUUAGCACAAAUAGGUCUGUCAAGGCCUGAACAAAGAAGAUACAAGAAAGUUUACUCAAAGUUCUUCCCGAAUUCCUAUAUAACUAAGUUAAAAAAGCUACUUAAUGUUAGCAAGAGAAGUGAACUGAACAAACAUGGUCAAAUUUUUAUGCCUAUGGACUUUCAAUCCUUUACCGACUUGAACGUAAAAGUUCCUACUAAGCAUAUAAUAUCUAUUGAGGAUAUCACAAUCAACAAAGAGCUUGGUAUGGGGCAAUUUGGCGUGGUCCAACAAGGCACUUGGACAACUGGAAAUCAAAGACUGCAAGUUGCGAUUAAAUGUUUAGGAAAUGAACGUAUGACGUCAAAUUCGACAGAGUUUCUCAAAGAGGCCGCUGUGAUGCAUAGUAUAGACCACCCCAACAUUGUGCGACUGUAUGGCGUUGUCUUGCACCUGGACUCUUUAAUGCUGGUCACUGAGCUGGCACCACUGCGGUCGCUUCUGGAGUGCCUCCGCGAGGUCACCCUGCGCAGUAACUUUUCGGUGGUGGUCCUCUGCAAUUUCGCGGAGCAAAUCUGUGAUGGAAUGACUUAUUUGGAGAACAAAAGACUGAUACACAGGGACUUGGCGGCGCGGAAUAUAUUAGUGUUUAGCAAAGAUAGGGUAAAAAUCUCAGAUUUUGGCCUGUCUCGAGCCUUAGGCGUCGGGAAGGAUUACUACCAGACAAACUACAAUGUGAAUCUCAAAUUACCUGUCGCUUGGUGUGCACCAGAAUGUAUUCUAUACUUAAAAUUUACCUCAUCGAGUGAUGUCUGGGCAUUCGGCGUGUGCUUGUGGGAAAUGUUCACUUACGGGUUCCAACCGUGGGCUGCCUUCUCUGGUCAACAAAUACUUGAAGCAAUAGAUGCGCCCAAUUUCCAGCGCUUGGAGAGACCGGAGUGCUGUCCCGACGCAUAUUACUCGUUGAUGCUGGAGUGCUGGUCGCAUGAUCUCAAUAAUCGGCCGAAGUUUAAAGACUUGUGCACAAAGUUACGCCAGAUCAGGCCUGACGAAGUUCAAGCCACUGUCAGUUACAAGAAACCGGAAGAUGGCAGACGAUGUAACUUCCUCGAAUAUAAAGUCGGGCAAAGGAUAACCGUCCUAGCAAGGGAGAGUUUCACCAAAUCCGCAAUGUGGUACGGAGUUCUUCCGGGUGGCGCUUGCGGUUUCUUCGAUCCUAACCACACAAAACCGUACUUCAAUAAUGAGCGCGGGGCUUUCGUCCCUGGUUCACUGUCACCGCAUCCAAAUCGUAACUCCUCACGAUCCAUUCGCUCCUCGCUGCUGAGGAGCGACGUCAAACGUCACACAUUCACGGGCAAACGCACUAUAGAAAGGAGCAUGAUAUCGAGUCCACAGGGCGAAGUCAAGCAUACGGGCCACGUUGGGCUCGACGGGGCUUACUUCGGUGACCUAUCUUUCUUGGAUCCGACUGGAUGUCCUCCCCGCCAGAUUGUGACUCCGUACAAGCCAUCGGAAGACUUGGAGGAAGUUCCGCUCAUCAACCCCAAUUCGCCGUCUCAUUUGACUGCGACCACGUCUACCUCACCUUAUCCGCUAUUGAGCUCAAACAAACCUAGAAAGGACUGCGACGAAGUGGACUUGUCUUACGACGACGGAAGAUCCAAAGGUUCAAAGAAGCCACAUAAGUCAAUUUUAGAAUCUGCAACUAGUAAAAGUCUCCUUAGCAAGGUGAAAAGCGCUACAUUAGGCCGAUCGCAUAAAACUGAAGACUUUACGAGAAACGAUGAAGUCCACGAGUACCAUGAAAUAUCUGAUACUGACACGGAAAGUCUAGCGGCGGAAAUGAGAGGCGAAGGUUUUCCUGAAAGUCCCGGAAUUAUACAAAAGGGAUGUACCGACUUCAGCCAAAGCUUACUGGACGAGAUGGAAACCAUAUUCCGGAGUCUCGAUGACAGACAGGAUGAUGACGUCAGAACUAAACAGAACGAGAUUGAAGCGGCACUAAGAGCACACACGCUAAGUAAAAAGAAAGGUUUUUCUGGAACGAUGAAGCCCAUGUCAGCGCACGAUGAAAAAACCUUGGAGACGGCUGUGGCUCUUGCUAAUGAAAUAACCUCUCGGUCUAUGAACGAUUUGGAAAGUGACCAAAAGCCCCUCACGUCGCCAUGCGAACGAUCCAAAUUCCCGUUCAAGUUCCCGCUCGUAUCAUCACUGCACCAUGUCACCAGUCACGAUACUGAUAAGGAGGCUUCUGAUAAAGCUGAACGCCGUAAUUUUAGCGAGGAAGCUAAGAGCGUCCCAGACAUUCAGGCCACGAUAACCAAGGAAUGUAAACAAGCGUACGAGAGUUUAAUCGAGAAACCAACUCCAGCGUCGUCUCUGAUCUCGCAAAUAGGCCAAGACUUGCCAAAUACUGUGCCAAAGACCGACUACAAAUUGUCGACAAUACCGAAGCCUGCGCCGCGACAGAAUGUCGGGCAAUUCCAUUCGCUACAGAAACAAAUACCAUACCAAACCAGAAGUCUCGCCGCGGAACUAUCAGACGCACUUUCAAAAGAUAAUGCUGAUAAUGUAAACCUGAUACCGCUGCCGCCACGAGGAAGCAAACCAAAACUAGUCGACAAACCAAGGCAUUUUAGAAAAUAUCCACUAAAAUUACCCACCGAAGCCGCUGGCAUUGAGAAAGCACCUAUAAUUACACCUCCUCAAGAGAAAGUGCCAUCAGUCAUCUAUCAGAACACAGUUAGUUGUUCAAUUCCUCUAAGGAAGGUCGAGGUUAGAACGUCAGAACGUAAGGUACCAGCAGUUAACGCUGGUGUCGAUGUUUUCGACGGUCCUGAACCCGUCAAAGUUCAUACAAAUCCGUUCACGGCUGGCCCCAAUAGUGAAAACGUUUCCCAAAACGUACCCGGACCGAGUUCAGUAAACCCUUUCAAAUGCUAUCUCGAAGAGGAUACUUUCGAACACGCAUCAUCUGAUGAUGAAACUGAAACAGAAGGGAACGCUGAAAAGGAUUUUGAAAAAGUUUCACUAACUAAAGACCAUGUGUCGGUCGAAGACUUACUGGAAUUCGCUGAUCAAAAACCGUCAGCGAGGCAACGCGGUGUUGAAUCUGACGAAGUUAGAAUUAUGAACAAAGUGCUCAAGCAGCUGGUGACACCCGAAGAAUGUCUCCAAGCUUUAGAAUUCAGCGAUUGGAACGUCCACAUAGCCAUUAAACUGCUAAGGGUCAAGAUAUCAGUAGGCGAUGCUGCUCCUGUGACCUUCGAAGAUUGCCGGCGUGAGCUGGAAACUGCGGACGGCGAUAUAGUUAAGGCGUCUACUGUACUUGUAUUAUGUAAUAAAAACAGCAAGAACUAUCCCGACGUUUAAUUUC